GCAUGACUCGGUUGCGGUGACUCGGCAGAUAUUUCGGAAGCGUUGUCAUCUAGAUAACAAAAGUCAUUAAUCAUUGGGCUUUCCGCCAUUCAUCACGUACCAUGUCCGCUGAGUGAUUAACUCGGUGCAGGGAUUCAAUUCGAUUGAAUAUUAUCAUUACAUCAUGGAUCUACUACAGGACAUUAUCUCUACAUUUUUCUUUUUCUGAACUGAAAUACGGCACUACAGAUCAAGGAACACAUCACUCGUGAUAUUAACCAGAAAGCCAGAUUUCAUAUGUUUUCAUGAUCGAGAUCAGACUAUAUUAUGACAUCUUCCCGUGAUGAAGCCAGAUGUACCGGUCGAGGUGUACCACCGGGCCGUGGCCCGUAUGAUGUCGGGUGUGGAGACGUCAUGACAGACAUCGUCGAACCGGGUAUACUCCUGAGGCUAUUUUAUCCGAUCGACAGAACGGAUCAGGGGAUUCCCCUGGAGGUACGCCCUCCCUGGUUGCCUAGCGACCACUACGCUGAAGGAUACGCCAAUGUGGGCGGGGUCAAGUGUUUAGGAUCACAGGUCAAGAGUCUUUUAGAAAACAUCAAAUUACCUGUCUGGUGGCACGGUAAACUGAGCGAGUCAAAGGCCAAGUAUCCAGUGAUCAUCUUCAGCCAUGGCAUGGGGGGCUGCAGGACCACCUACACCAGUAUCUGUAUGGACAUUGCGUCGUGUGGAUGCGUGGUGGCAGCGGUAGAACACAGAGACAACUCUGGAUGCCACUCCUUUUUCAUAAAGAAUACUAGCGACGAUAAACCGAUGGCGACCAACGGCGACCAGCAGUUAUUACAGCCAAACUACCAGGCCGUGGACUUCAUCAAGGCACCGUAUGAAGACCCCGAACUACGUCUGAGACAGAUCACACAAAGACGUGACGAGUGUAUCGCUAGCCUCAACUUUCUCGAAGUCCUCGAUGAUGGCCUCAACUAUGAAAGCGACAUCGAUAAGGACUUUGAUCUCUCAGAAUUCAAGGGGCGGUUAGAUUUGUCAUCUGCAGCAAUGUGUGGCCAUUCAUACGGAGGAGCUACUGCAAUAGCUACCCUCAGCAAAGAAAAAAGAUUCAAAUGUGGGGUAGCGUGUGACCCGUGGGGCUACACUCUUUCGCUUGAUGAGAGUUUUCGGUGCGUCGAUCAGCCCAUGCUCAUCAUCAACACGGAGAAGUUUCAGUUCAAAGACAACAUGGAACACCUCUUGUGCUUGAUGCCGGAUACGGAGGCGACAUCGGGGUCCAGGCAGAUGAUCACGAUAAGAGGAACUGAUCAUCAAUGUCAGACUGAUAUGGGGUUCGUCUUUCCUUAUUUCCUUGCCAAACUCCUCAAUAUGCGAGACAAACUACAUCCUAGGGUUGCCAUAGAAACCAACAAUGAUGCGAUGAUCAACUUUCUCUCGCAAUAUAUCAGCCUGGAAAAAGGAGCUGGAAUGAUGAAAUUCAACGCGAUGUCAAACCCGCUCAUCAUGAUCGGGCACAAUGUUAACAUGAACCCAUCACCUUGGUGGAAAAGGCGCGCUGAUAAGAAAUAGCGCGGGAAAGUUUCACCGACCGACACAAGUCAGUGACAGCGCUUACUACAUGGCCACCAUACUUUGACAUGCUUUGACAAAGUAAAAUUAAUUUUAUUGUGUAUUAUUUUGGGCUUGACGAGACUCUCACAGGGCUUUGGUAGUCAUUUUACAUGUGCGGUAGGUCAUAAAUCGCUAACACCAGACUUGGUGGAAACACCAUUAAUGGGUGACAGUAUCGCACCCACCAAAUUACCCGUAGUCCCAUCAAAAAAAUACCCCUUUCUUGAAGAGUCUUUGGGUAAGGUGAAUGUAAGAUAAUAAUUUUCCAUAUUGGGCGAUUGGUGGGAAAUGCAGAGAAUUACAUACAACUGAAGGCUAUAUAGCAGUGAUUGACACCUUUUACUGGAUAUUACACCCGAAUGGUAUCAAAUUCCCAAUGAGAGCCCACUACUAUGCGCCUUCAAGUAAAUUCUUUAAAACAUAAAAAAUAUCAAAUGAAAUUAAAUCUUGUUGCUAUUCCCUUUUGGGGAAAAUAAACUUUCGAGUAAUUUAAUUGAAACAGUUUUCGUGUGUGAAAUUCCGGGACGACUUGCAUGCCAAGGGAACAAGACAAUUUACACACAAAAUAGAAGUCAUAUUACUAUGAUACAUCCGACAACAGAUGGCGACAUAUCAAUGAUGGUCAUGUUUAAUUAUUGGACUAACCAAUUUGCAUAGAAGUUAUGUUUAUGCUGUGAAAAUUGUUCCUUUUUAUAAUGUUGUAUCCGAAAAUAUUACUAUGAAGUAUUACCUUCCCCCCCCCCUCCCAAAUUGCAGAAUGGUAUCACUAUGUGUACACUAUGUCUUGAUUGAAUGUACACUAUGUCUUGAUUGUACUAUAUUAGUGUUUAUACUUAUGGAAAAUAUGUGUGUGUUUAUAAUGUAUGAGACAAUGUACUGUGUUUAUACUGUAAGAACAAUUAUGUUCCUAUUUAUCAUUUUGUAUAAUCAUGAAAUCUGAAUAAAGACAAAAAAGCUUUUAAAAAAUGCUGAGCUAUAUAUGAAACAUGAAUUACGUUUGAUGAAGAAAGGCGAUGUUUACGAUUUCUUGUAGUUUUGUGACAGAAAUAUUUUUAUUGAAGAAUAACGGUUAGGCCCGCGACUGACAUUUUUAAGUAUUCUUUAAAUUAAUAAAUAAUAAAUAUGACCGUUAAUGAG